UGGAGAUGAACCUGAAACCAGAAAACCGGAUAGUUAUGAAACCGAUGACGACAAAAUGAAAUCUCUAGAGGCAACAAAAGGUCAGUUGAGUAUUCGUGAACUCAAGUUAGGAUCCAAUGCUGCGGGAAAAUGGGUGGAUAAACUUUUAUCCAAAGAUUGUGAGGAGCCUUAUAAGAUCGAAUCGAGGCCAGAUGAAGAUGGUUUGAAGCAAAGUGAAACCGAUCAGCUGACAGAAUAUGAGUCGCAGAGCGUUCGCGGUGAUAGUGUAAAGCGACCGGUAUUGAUAGUUGAACCUCCCAGAGAUCAGAGCAUGGCAAUUUUAGAUGCCGCGAACCCUGCAGUUGAUAUCGAUAAAAAACCCAAUUUGAGUCAAGAAGAAAGUGGCAACGAAUCAAAACCAAGAGUAACUUUGCAACCAGAGGCUGCAACCUCUCAUCAAACUCAGCAGCGGCCAUUUGUAUCAGAACCAAAUCAGGAAAGCAUUUUGUUGGAUCCGGCAGCCCAAAAUAAGCUGGAAAGCACACCAGACAUGGUACUGGAUAUUGACACUUCCAUUGGAAACCAAGAAAGUGGAGAUGAACCUGAAACCAGAAAACCGGAUACGUAUGAAACCGAAGACGACAAAAUGAAAACUUUAGAGGCAAAAAAAGGUCAGCUUAGUGUUCGUGAACUCAAGUUAGGAUCCACUGCUGCGGGAAAAUGGGUUGAUAAACUUUUGUCCAAAGAUUGUGAGGAGCCUAAUAAGAUUGAAUUGACGCCAGACGAAGAGGAUUUGGAGCAAAGUAAAACCGAUCAGCUGACAGAAUAUGAGUCACAGAGCGUUCGCGGUGUUAGUGUAUAUCGACCGGUAUCGACAGUUGAACCUCCCAGAGAUCAGAGUACGGCAAUUUCAGAUGCCGCGACCCCUGCAGUUGAUAUCAAUAAAAAACCCAAUUUGAGUCAAGAAGAAAGAGGCAACGAAUCAAAACAAAGAGUAAUUUGGCAACCAGAAUCUUUAACCUCUAAUCAAACUCAGCAGCAGCCAUUUGUAUCAGAACCAAAUCAGGAAAGCAUUUCGUUGGAUCCAGCAGCCCAAAAUAAGCUGGAAAGCACACCAGACAUGGUACUGGAUAUUGACACUUCCAUUGGAAACCAAGAAAAUGGAGAUGAACCUGAAACCAGAAAACCAGAUACGUAUGAAACUGAAGACGACAAAAUGAAAUCUUUAGAGGCAACAAAAGGUCAGUUGAGUAUUCGUGAACUCAAGUUAGGAUCCAAUGCUGUGGGAAAAUGGGUGGAUAAACUUUUAUCCAAAGAUUGUGAGGAGCCUAAUAAGAUUGAAUCGACGCCAGACGAAGAGGGUUUGAAGCAAAGUGAUACCGAUCAGGUGAAAGAAUAUGAGUCAGAGAGCGUUCGUGGUGAUAGUGUAAAUCGACCGGUAUCGACAGUUGAACCUCCCAGAGAUCAGAGUACGGCAAUUUCAGAUGCCGCGACCCCUGCAGUUGAUAUCGAUAGAAAACGCAAUUUGAGUCAGGCAGAAAGUGGCAACGAAUCAAAACAAAGAUUAACUUUGCAACCAGAAGCUGCAAUCUCUGAUCAAACUCAGCAGCGGCCAUUUUUUUCAGAAUCAAAUCAGGAAACCAUUUCGUUGGAUCCUGCAGCCCAAACUAAGCUGGAAAGCACACCAGACUUGGUACUGGAUAUUGAUAUUUCCAUUGGAAGCCAAGAAAUUGAAAAUGAACCUGGAACCAGAAAAACGGAUACGUAUGAAUCCGAGGACGACAAAAUCGAAUUUCUAGAUGCAACGAAAGGUCAGUUUAGUGUUCGUGAACUCAAGUUAGGAUCCACUGCUGCGGGAAAAUGGGUUGAUAAACUUUUAUUCAAAGAUUGUGAGCAGCCUAAUAAGAUCGAAUUGGCGCCAGAUGAAGAAGAUUUGGAGCUAAGGAAAACAGAUCCGCUCAAAGACUAUGAGUCACAGAGAACUCCCGAUGAAACAAUCAAUCAGUCGGAAUCGACGGUUGAAUCUCCUAGGGAUAUGACUACGCCACCUCCAGACGUCGUCACGCAUGCGGUUCUUGAUGAUGAAAUCCUUAAAUUGAAACAAGGAGAAACUGAAGAUGAAAGUAUGCCAGUGUCAAAUUUGUUGCCGCAAUCUUCAACCCACUACUCUUCAAGCACUCGAGAGACAGCAACCACAACAAAAGGAGACACUGUGAUCAUUGUACCCGAUCCAGGAGCCCAAUUUAAUCUUGAAAGCAUACCGGAUACGUUCUCCUUAAUUUCUGGCGGAGAUCAACCAGGAAGUAGGCCAAAAAGUCCUGCUGGUAACAAAAAUCAAAAACCGACGAAAAACGAUAUACCGCAACUAAUAAGUAAACCAACGAUUGUUGACGAACGAGGCAAGGGAGUUUUAAACCUGCGCGAUGCUAAGUUUGCCUCAAAAGGUGCAGCUAAAUGGAUUGACAAGUUGCUAUCUAAAGAGGAUGAUAAAUCUCCAAAUUUACCCAUUAGCGACGGGAAUCAAAAAGAAACGCAAUCGCAAAAACCCCUUGAGUGCGAAGUUCCAAAGGAAACUCGUAGCAAAGAUAAGUAUAAUGUGCCGUCGAGCAAAUCGAAUGUGUCGAUAGAUAACAUCCAAAAGCCUGAUAAAGAAAACGACACUUCAAAGUUACCAAUAGACAAAACAGUUACAGUAGUUCCAGGAUCUGAAGACAGCGAAGGCAAACAGUUGUCUAUGCCUGACAACAAAAAUGAAAAACCUCUAAGUCUUAUCGAUGACACUAAUAAAUCUGGAAUUCAGUUUAGUUUUGGUCUUCCGUCAUUUGGUCUAAACCAAAAAGACUAUCAAAUGCAUGUGCACGAUGGAAACGUUGUUUCAGUACGAACUCCAAACGCAGGAGAGAUUCAAUUGCCCUCUGAUAUAUCAAAUGCAAAGGUAGAUGAUACCAGAUUAGACAAGUUACCAAUAGAUAAAACAGUUGCGGUAACUCCAGGAUCUGAAGACAGCCAGGGCAAACAAGCAGGCAAACAGGCAGGCAAACCUUCAGGUGAAAACCAUGGCACGAAAUCAGGGAUGUAUUUUGGCUUCAAUCCACCCUCGCUUAGCCUUAGCCAAAAAGAGAAGCAGAGCUCUAAUGUUCCAGAAGAAGCUCUGGAUAAAGAGAAAGCUCAAAUUCCCACGGAGACAUCAAAUCUCUUGUCAGAUGAGCUCAAAAAAUCUGAACAGAACAACGACGAAAGACCUGAGCCGAAUGAGGAAUUGAAUGUAAAUCUUUCCAAGAUCAGUGAUAAAAAUGUAGCAGCUCGUAUCCAUUCAGUAUCGCCAGAUCAUCAAAUAAUUGAUAGAGAGAGGGUCAAAAAGAACGAUGUGGGAAAAUCUCUCGACGACGAGUCUAAAUUGGAUUCCGAUAGCUUAGCAGUUGACUCGCGGGGUUUCCCUUUUGGAAAAGCCUCUGCUGAAAUCGAAAUUAAAAUAGAAACCGGCGUCAUCACUGAAGCCGAGCCAGAGGUUGAUGCUCCUAAACUCAGUGAAAAACAAGACAAGAAGACAUUUGGGAGUUUGUUUCCUCUGUUUGGAAGAUCGAAGCCUAAAGAUGCCGAGGUGGAUAAAGAAAUGGCGUCAAAGCCAUCAAGCGUGCAGCCACGUGAUAGCAAGCAGGACGAGGACUUGCAAGUGUUGGUUGACGACAACAAGUCCGUGAACAGUAACGAAAGUGACGUCAGAAUAGACAUGCCUGAAUGGGAUACUUCAAGAGAUCCUUUACUUCCAAAUAAGGAAGGAGGGGACAGGCGCCACUUGUUCAGUGAAGAAGAGAGAAAACAGAUGGGUACCCUCCCAGACACCAAGAAAAAGAAGCACAUCAAAAUCAAUAUAGACGAAGGCAGCGAGAGUGAAGUCAGUAUUUCUGACUCGUUGGCUAAUCAGAGAAGAGACCUCUUUGACGAAACGACCUCUAAGCCAAAAACUAAAGCCUAUGCAGUCCUGAAGUCUACAGAAAAUGACGAAGAGACUACAGUUGAGAAGCAGAAACUCCUUCAAAGCCCAGUUGAAGAUGAAUUUAUUGAUAGAAACAGAAAACCAGUGUCAGAGGACAUUUCAGUGGCCCAGAACUCAUCUAGCACACGUGACUUGCAAUCGUUGCCGGGUUCAAAUCUGGAAAGCAUGGACGAUCUUUCGGAAUUGCCUCUGGCCAGCAACUUCGAAAAAGGACCUAGAAGAGAAGUACCUGAAAACAGAAGACCAGGCACUGCCCUUGGCACCAAUGUUCUUUCUCAGAUUCCUGGCACAGCAAUAGGGAUGAACGAAAGCAUAGACACCACACUCUUCAACUUCACCCUCAAUUCGACGUUCUGUCCUCGUGCGGAGAGUACCCUGGAGCCCAGACCCCACGAGAGUGCCUGUAGUGACUAUGACGUGGAGGUGUUCUGCUAUACUACCACUGGAUCCACCAGCAUGGUAGAUCUGAUGAGUCUGGAGGUGCUAUGCUAUCUCCUGGCAGUGGAUGUCAAACCAAUUGUUCACUCCAUUCAUUCUUAUGAGACGCUGUGCCAGGAGAGCUAUCCGAAGUACGUGAUCAGGAACAAGAAGGAGGACAAUGUGGAGACUGUGUUCUACACCUCCCAGGAGGUCAUGAUGUUCCUCAACGCAGUCAUACAGGCCAACACCCCAGACGCAGACACACACCACCUAGCGAAGGCAGAGGGAGGUAGGGGUCUGAAGGAGCGUGGCCUGCAGAGUGUGGAGAAACUGAGACUGGGGCUGGUCUACACCCUCUUCUUCCACAGAGACAACUUCGCCCACCUUGUCACCCCCUUCUACAUGAAGGUCCUCCCAUACCUCACCGCCAUAUCCAAGCCCAAAAUGGCACAGGACUUCUGGGAAUCAUUCAUUGGGGCUAAUGGACGCAAUGUGGAUACAGAUGGCCCAAUCAUCAUCGAAGAGGCAGUGCAUGCCAUGCAAGACCUCAUAGACCUAACGGAGAGUGAUGUCAGAUUCCCUCACAAAGACGAGAUUGAAUAUCUGUUCAUGGCAUCCAUCAUCCAACUGAACUUAGUUGACCUCAAGCCCAGCCGAGAUCCAUUCCAUGACGUCAUUUCUGAGAACCAGCAAUUGAAUUUAGAAGCUGCAGCAAUCUUCAGGCGUCUGCAGUUGUAUCUUCCGCGUGUGAAUUGGCAGGACAGGUACUAUUAUGUGAGACCCUCCAAUGCACUCAGCAUGUCACUCCAAAGUCUCAUUCCCCGCGAGUUCCUGACUGUGGGAGGAGCAGUGUCCGUGUACGCAUGCCCUGCCCCCGAUGGGCUGCCCUCUUGGGACCUGUCAUGUCUCAAAACCAUCGUCAUUCUCAGGGGACUCGGCUUCCCAGUCAACCUCCGAUCUUGCCAGGAGGGCUCUAGCCCCAGGAUGUUCAAUGACUGCCCAGUGUACGAGAUGGACGAGACGACGUUCGACUCUCCCUCGGAGCUGAUGAAGUAUCUCUCCAACAGCUUCAAGUUCACUCUGCCCAAAGCACAUCACUACAAUGAACAAAAACUCGUGCAGCGCAUACUCGACAGGUUCCGUGAGGUGUCUCAACAGACCAUGUGGACGAGGGAGGAGAACAAGGAGUUCACGAUGGACAUGUGGAGAGAGCAGAGCAGCAGCUGCACUGUGAUGAAACAUUUGACCAGCACAGCCGCCGCUACUUCCAACCAAUCACCGCCGGAGUCCCUGAUGAGUCCAGUGAAUGAACAGAAGAUGCGUCUUGAACUGGACAGUGCAAUUGGCUACCUGUCUGGCAUUCUGGACGACAAACUGUUCCUUCUGGGAUCUACUCAGCCGAGUGAAUUAGACGCUGAGUUGUUCUCGGUGCUGGCAGUUCCCCUAAUGAAUGAGUUCCCAUGGAACCCUCUCUACCAGGCAAUGUCCACCCAUCCGAACAUGUACUACUUCCUCGCAGACAUACUUCGAAACUACUUGAACAUUGAGCCCAAGCGCACCUAUCAAGAUCUGCGCCUGUCCAAGAUGUCUUCUCUGGUCUCAUCUCCUAAACGAGCCGAGGAUCAGUUGCCAGACGUAGAUGACUCUAUGGACCCAGAUACAACCAAUGUCAACUUCGUGUCUCCUCUCACAUCCUCUGCGGAGUACUCCCCCUCUCCCACCAAGUCCAUCAUGGUCUCCAUCCACGUGGUCGGAUGUCCCUCCUUCCUUCCCAGUCUAGAUCCCCACUGUCUGUUUGCUGCCAUCUACCUCGGCAUGAACGACAUACCCACUAAAUUUGUCACCAAACACUGCUAUUCGAACUUGUGCUGUCGAAAGUACCCUGCCUUUACAGUACGCAGAUUCCACCAGAACAAACUGAGAGUAUUUUUCUCUGCGGAGAAGCUGAUUGCAUAUCUGGAGAAGGUCAACUGUCUUCCCCAUCCUGACGAUUCGCACAAGACAUUGAACGAUGCCUUUAUCCGGAGUGCAGAGUGUUUUUUGGAGCCAGCAGUUGUGUUACACUUCUGGCGGGUGUUCGGCACCAGGUUUGAACAAGUGUUCAACGCACAGAGUUCCCAAUGCUGCCUCGGAUCACUCCGCUUCAGUCGAAUCAGGGGAAGAGUUGUACCGAAAGUGAUUGAGGAAGUGCAGACGCGAUACAGCACCCAGACUGACUCAGACACAAUCCAGAUGGUGUUUGCGAGUGCAGAGGCAUUCCUGCGGGACAUCGGCACUCUUCUGGGUGGCCAGUCGUUCCUGUGUGGGAGGAGCUAUAGCAAACUGGAUGCUAAGAUAGCCUCUCUCCUUUUGAUGCCACUUCUCUGCAAUGUAGGAUCCUCCACCAUCACUCGGGUGCUGCAGUCCAACCAAAACCUACAGGACUAUCUCUACAGGAUAUACAGGGGAUAUCUGAGGCAGCAUAUAUUGUACUUGAUCAACGACCACAAGGAAAUCAUUCUCUCGCCGAACUUAAACGUGUUGGAAGUGCCCCACUUCGAUCCCUACUUCAAAAUGCAGCAACUCAACAAUUCCUCCCGUCAGUCAGAUUCCUCGGACGUUCGAUUACUGCUCAGCCACUCGUUCUCAAUGGCCGAUCAAGUGGUGAUCUACACGCCACUGGCCAAUAGGAGUGGUCUGCCCACUUUGGACCACGAAUGCAUCCAAUUGGCAGCCAUGCUCAGAUCGCAAAACAUUUCUGUCCAUUUUGAGCACCGUCACACUAAGCUUUACAUGCAGCCUGAAUUGCCUAUCAUUGAAAUCAGACAGAAUGACGGAACCAGAUUCGCUGUUCCCCGCGAAGAGAUCGACUUGUAUCUGAACCACUUCGACGACGCUUUUCAUUUCACAUCUGACGAGAAGGAGCAGCACGACCACUUGCUGAGUAGAUGUGAUCUGCAUUUGCUGCCAGCUGUGCUUUACACUCUCUGGGCUGUCAGCGAGAACUUCGAGUCCCUCACUCUGGAUUGGUUCACCAGAAAGUGUUUCGAGUCAAAUAAACUCCAGAAAGCCAACGUCAAAAGGGAUGAAGUAAUUCGCUGGAUACAAGAGGAAAUUCACUGUUCAGAUGACUUAUUGUCUCCACAAUCGUCAAUUGAGCUUAUGCAAUCAGCCAUAAUGUAUCUGAAGGAACUGUCUGCCAUUUUGGGUAACAGCAACUACGUGUUGUGUGAACACUUCACUUCGUUAGAUGCUCAGCUGUUUGCGCUCCUGUUUAUCCUCACAGAGAUAGAAGUGCCUUCCAACCCCCUCUCAGUUUUCAUAGAGAGGGACUCCAACCUGCACAGAUAUGACUACCAGAUCAAAACCAGGAUAUUCACGACAACCAAUCGGGAUCCCUACACGACGAGCAUGUCUUCCUUCAAGAGCAAGGCAGUCUCGGAAACAGUGACCUCCAACAUAUCCACAGAUGACCUGCUACAGCUGGACUCACAGCCUCUCAUACUCCGAGCGGCAGUUAGGACUCGCAACAUCACCCGCAGACCAGUCGUCAUCCAGUGUUUUGGCUACAAGUCCCGAGUGCCCACUUUAGAUGUGAGCAGUUUGGAACUGGCCGCAUCGCUGGCAUUUGUUCACGUGCCUGUCAAGUUCAACACUACUACUAGAGGGUUUAGUCUGUGGCUGAUGUACAGGCCCCCUCCGGUGAGAAGCUUCUCUCUGGACACGGCCACCGGUGAGUCGAUUGAAGGAACCGACCACCACUCAUUCCUGUCUGACGUGGCCAAAGUGUACGGAGUGCAUCCUGACUCAUGGCUAGCCAACACACAGCUGCAAGACAUGCAUAAGUUGCGGGAGUACAUUCUGGAUGCGCUGGUGCCCUUCGUGAGUGACCAGCUGUGGUUCGAGCACUAUCACGAUGUGGCCAGACCCUGGAUCAAGAACAAUCUGCCUCUGUUUGUGUCCGACUCCAUUGCAAACCAGCAAAGGAUGCAACAGAUGCACGAAAGACGCAGCCAAACUUCAUCAGAAACGCUGCUGCAGAAUUACAUCUCGUGCUGUCAGAAGCUGUCGUGGCUGCUGAAUGAGAACGAGUUCCUGCUCGGCUGUCGGCCAUGCACUCUCGACGCCCUCGUCUUCUCCCAUCUCUCAGUCCUGAGGGAACUGAAGUCCUCGCUCUGUCUGGACCUAGCUGAACCCACCAGGGAUAACCUCAUCAAGUACCUCGACAGACUGUCGGCGAGGUAUGUGCUUCUGAACCCCGGCUGGCGCAGGUACAACUGUGGCAUGUACUGGUCUCUGGCCCUGAUGGCCAUACUCUCGGGCACUGUGGCCUUCUCUGCUAUGGCCACUAUGGAACACUACCAAGUAUGGCCCCUGUUCGCACAGUCAGAGCCACAUCUGUUCACCGAUCUAGAAUGAAAUCGAAGUUUAAACUACACCCUUGAACUCUCGAUCUCCUUGUGAAGCUUCCAAGCUCUCAGUGCCUUUAAAAUAACCAGCUGCUUCAUUGGCAACUCUAAAAUUUAUAACUUUGCAAAAUUAAACAAUUUAUACAUUCAAGUAAAAACAUAAACUGGCCUCGGUUAUUUCAUAGUAGUUAAUUAAUUAUGUCCAGAA